CCUGACCACAGAUGAUCCGUCCGCCUUGGCCUCUCAAAGUUCUGGGAUUACAGGCAUGAGCCACGGUGCCCGACCAUCUUCCAAAACUCAGCUGUGAUGUCCCUCCUCCAGAACGCCUGACGACAGGACAUGACUUUUUUUAAUCCCCAGUGCCUAAACGUCUAAAGAGCUGAGUGGGUUGCCUAGGAUCGGCCAGGCCUGGAUAUCCGCGAACAGAUGCGGAUUUCCACCAGGGGGCGCUAGGACGCCACGACCUUUCACUAUGUGCACCAGGGGGCGCUGCCGCCCGCCUUGGCCAUCCCGGACUGGGAAGUCCGACCCUAGGAUUAAGCCCCGCCUAAUUGGGAAAGGCUCUGAGAAACUAUUUGCAUUAUCUUGAAAGGGCCGUGCUGAAUGGUUGAGGUAGAUAAGCCGACUGUGAAACAAGCUCUCUCAUUGGCUUAAAUUUCCCCCCUCGCUCUGCGUCGCCAUCCCGGCCCUGCUGGACCCCGGGGACAGUAGGAAGCCGCGGGGUGGUGGCGAGAGACGACCCAGGUGUCCCGGCAGUGAGCGCCGCGGGGCGCAGGCUGGGCCAAGGUGCAGGCGGCCAGGGUGGGAGACUGUUCGCCCCGCCCUGACUCCUCCUCUCUUCUCUGCCAGUCCAGGAGUCGGAGAUGUGCAGCUAAAGAAAGCGCAUCUGGGGACGGACAUAUCUGGCACUGCAGCCCUCACCACCUGCCUCUCCACCCACCGAGGCCCUGGCGACCCUGGCCCCACCACGCUACCUUGAGGUAGGAAAAGGAGGCUCCUCAACCACAACUUCUGACCUCCCAGGGUGUCUCCCUCGGGCCUCUGAAGAGCUUAGUUUGCCCCUCUGGGAAGUGGAUCCUUGGCUUACGGUGCCGGGGGUACCCUGGAGGCCCCCUCACACGAAGGCUGCUUCUUACAGAGUCGCUCGAAAGUAGGGCCCCAGGGCUCGCAGCAGCAUGGGCACCGAGAAAGAAAGCCCAGAGCCCGACUGCCAGAAACAGUUCCAGGCUGCAGUGAGCGUCAUCCAGAACCUGCCUAAGAACGGUUCUUACCGCCCCUCCUAUGAAGAGAUGCUGCGAUUCUACAGUUACUACAAGCAGGCCACCAUGGGGCCCUGCCUGGUCCCCCGGCCUGGAUUCUGGGACCCCAUUGGACGAUAUAAGUGGGACGCCUGGAACAGUCUGGGCAAGAUGAGCAGGGAGGAGGCCAUGUCUGCCUACAUCACUGAAAUGAAACUGGUGGCACAGAAGGUGAUCGACACAGUGCCCCUGGGUGAGGUGGCAGAGGACAUGUUUGGUUACUUCGAGCCCCUGUACCAGGUGAUCCCUGACAUGCCGAGGCCCCCAGAGACCUUCCUGAGAAGGGUCGCAGGUUGGAAAGAGCAGGUUGUGAAUGAAGAUGCUGGGGCUGUUUCAGAGCCUCCCUGCCUCCCCAAGGAACCGGCACCCCCAAGCCCAGAGUCCCAUCCACCCAGAGACCUGGACUCCGAGGUUUUCUGUGAUUCCCUGGAGCAGCUGGAGCCUGAGCUGGUGAGACCAGUCCCCAUUCCCCUUUUUCCCACUCUACUGUGCUCCCACUCCCACCCUCAGCCCUCUGACUCAUCUCAGCAGGGUUGGGCAGAGCAGCGGGCAGCAUCUGGAGGAAAGCGUGAUCCCAGGAACAGCCCCGUGCCCCCUACAGAGAAAGAGCGGAGCACAGCAGGGCCCCAGGAGUUGGACGUGUGGCUGCUGGGGACAGUUCGAGCACUACAGGAGAGCAUGCAGGAGGUGCAGGCGAGGGUGCAGAGCCUGGAGAGCAUGCCCCGGCCCCCCGAGCAGAGGCCGCAGCCCAGGCCCAGUGCUCGGCCAUGGCCCCUUGGGCUCCCGGGGCCCACGCUGCUGUUCUUCCUCCUGUGGCCCUUCGUCGUCCAGUGGCUCUUCCGAAUGUUUCGGACCCAAAAGAGGUGACUGUCAUUGGAGGGGUCUCUGCAGCCAACUGAGACUAUCUUGUGUGCCAUGAGCCUUCCUAGGGUUUAGAAGAACAGCAUUCAAAAUUCCCCCUCCUGUCAGUGUUUGCCUUCGCACCUCCUCCCCUAACGCAGCGCGGGGUGCAAAUAAGACCCCACCCCUCCCUGCGCCUUCAUAGGGACGCUUCCUUCCCUCCCCGCAACCACCCCAGGCUUCCCUGGGAGGCUGCAGUUGUGGUGCACGUCCCCGGUGCUGGGUUGGCCGUGACUCGGGGGCGGGGCUAUCGGGUCUCAGCCCCUGCCCUCCCCACCCUCUCGGUCACCUGACUCUCUUCCCACCCCUGCUUCUCCCCGAGGAGGUUCAGCUCUUGGGCAAGUUGGGACUCGGGCCGGGGCCUGGAAGAAUGAUUGGCUGGGAGGCUGCGGGAGGGAGGCCAGGAGGCCCCGACCAGUUGGGAGGAGGGAGCAGGCCCCGGGGGAGGGGGAUGAGCGCAGUUUGCUCGUCUUCCUCCCCUGCCGGCCCCCUCCGCCCCCACACACACUCAGGACGUCUUCACUGAAGAUUCACUUACAAACGAAUGUUUCACUCAAUAAAAGAAAACCAUAA